AAAAUCCUCCGAGUUUCCGAGUUAGGGAGUGAACUGGAAAACGCGUCACUCGUCUUGUCCUCCUCGUUAAUUUACCUUCUCCAAAAAUCUCUGUCGUCCAUUUUUCUCCCGAUUUUCAAAAUUGGGGAUUCAGUGAAUUAGGGUUUCAGACGAAAUUGCUUCUGAGAAAUGGACAUGGUAGAGAAGAAGGAUUCACAAAACAACAACAAUAAUCAAGGUGCUUCUGAUACUUCCCUUAUCGAUCGUGAAGCCGAAGAUCGUGAACGCCAAGCUCGCGACCUCAAAGCUGGACUCCAUCCUUUAAAGCACAAGUUUGUAUUUUGGUAUACUCGUCGAACCCCUGGUGUGCGUACACAAACAACUUAUGAAGAGAGCAUAAAGAGGCUUGUGGAUUUCAGCACUGUAGAAGGAUUUUGGAUCUGUUAUUGUCAUUUUGCCCGUCCUUCUAGUUUGCCGAGCCCCACUGAUUUGCAUCUUUUCAAGGAGGGGAUUCGCCCGUUAUGGGAGGAUUCUGCUAAUUGCAAUGGUGGCAAAUGGAUAAUCCGAUUCAAGAAGGCUGUCUCAGGGCGAUUCUGGGAAGACCUGGUUUUAGCGCUAGUAGGCGACCAGCUUGAUUAUGGGGAUAAUAUAUGUGGUGCCGUACUUAGCAUACGAUUUAGUGAGGACAUAUUGAGUGUCUGGAAUAGGAACGCGUCUGAUCAUCAGGCUGUGAUGGCAUUAAGAGAUGCAAUAAAACGUCACUUGAAACUUCCACAUAGCUACGUGAUGGAAUACAAGCCCCAUGAUGCAUCGUUACGUGACAAUUCUUCAUACAGGAACACAUGGUUGAGGGGUUAACUUAGGUGUGACUCUUUCUCGCAAGAAGGAAGUUUAUCUUGCCUUGUAAGAAAAAUGCUGGAUGUACUUUGAUAUUUUUGUAAUUCAGAAGUUGCGCUUUUCUUAGUUCCUCUUCAUACUUUCAUAGUGUAUGAGAGCUACUCCUUUGUUAUUAUCAAUCCCUUCAAAAUAGUGCUUCUACUUUGGUCA